UCGGUUACAACUGGAUACCGAAAAUCGUUAGCUAUGUUGAAACCUACAUUUUCCGUGACGUGUUACCUAAAACUGGAGAUUAUAUCUCACGAAAAGUACCACGUCACACUUAAUGGCACCAGCUAACGAUUUUAGGCGAGCGAACUUGUUUGCAGAAAACGAAUUGCCCCUUUGCAUAGGAAAUCUUAUCGAUGAAAGGGAAUACCACUACGCAAAAGAGACAAAAGGGUCUUACAAAAGCAACCGGCUGAUGUCCGACGGCGGUGCCUGCAAACUUGUGCAGUACACGGCUAGUCACAUUACAGCCUGUCUUGAUGCAAUGAAAGAAGGCCAACCUGGUCAAAUGUUGCACUUCCUAUUCAUGGGAGAUUCAAGAAUUCGACAACAGUAUUUCAAUAUCGUUAGGCUCAUUCCAGAUUUCGACAAAAUAUCGCAACCGACCAUCAUCCCAAACGCUUAUCAUGAAAACAUAGAAAUCACCAGUCAGGUUCUCGGAUUGAGACUAUCAUUCAAAUGGCUGCCGCUUAUAGAUGACGACCUUAUAGAAACAAUUCGUCGGUGGGCGAUCAAUGAGACGGAACGACCUCAUUUGAUUUUCCUAAGUAUGUCAGUGCACCAUAUGUUUCGCUACGCUGUCUUUCCACACGACAAUGACUUUCUAGCGUAUGAAGACGAGCUAGUGGCACUCGCACCAGUCCUGGCUCACUUGGCAAAUGUUACCCAAGUCAUUUGGCUGAAUCAGUAUCCAUCCGUUGAUUUCUAUGGUAACAUCACUGAUCCGAACACGUCCGUUUUUUCGGAAAAAAUCCACUUUUUCAACAUAGCAGCCCGUCGUAUUCUUGGGAAUUAUCCAAGCAUACGCAUGUAUGAUUCCAGUAAUCUGUGGGCAGUAGAGUAUUCUCGCAGCUGCUUCGUCUUCCAACGUGAAGGGAAAUUUAACGCGACCUCAAUCAAGUCGUACAUCAUUUCAAACAACAUAUACGUUUCCUGCAAGGAUUUCGUGCACACUGGCUACUCGGCGCUAUCACAAGCCACUCAGCUACUUUUAAAUGACAUUUGCAAUGAACAUCAAGUGUCUGACGUCACGUAACCUGAUGUGCAUAGAAUUGUCAUUCAUUUAGACGGCUAAUAUUUGAGUGUUUUUUUGUUUGUUUUGUUUUGUUUUAAUUCUCGGUGACAGAUGGUUGGACUUUAGAUUUCAGUCAGACUUCAAAUAGAGUUAUAUAGAACCGGCCUACGCGCGGAUCUAUCUUGACCACA